AUACACCUGUUCCAGCAGUCCAACCAACUUUUCUUUUUUAUGUACAACAAACAAUUUCAAUUUUUCAAGCAUGCGUUCUUAUCGGAAAAGAUAAACAUAUGUACAUACAGUUCUCGUGUGUGUGUGUCGUCUUAUCGAGAAAAAAGUUUGCUGCUUCACCACGCAAUCGUUUCAUCCUAGUUAACGAGUACAUAUGUACCUGGUACAAAAAAGUGUGCAAUAUGUUCCCCAACUUUACCAGUGUUUUACACAUUGACGGCGUAUUACAAUGUACGAGUGGCAGUGACAUUUUUAUGUAAAAAUUAGUAAUCUCGCCUUAAAAUGUGACCGUAUUCUCAUCUAAUUAAAUAAAUUGGCGGAGUACGUAUCAUGUUGAGAGGAGCAAAGUUUUCGUCUAUCACAAAGUGUGUGAACUACAUAUUUUACAAGCAUUUGACGAAAAGGAGACUCGUUUUCAUAUUGGGAUUGGCUGUCCUGGUCGUCGUCUGUUUGGACUACCGGAGACGAUGGGACUGGACAGAGCUGCCUCCUCCGGGCGUCAUUGUGGAGAAAGUGGGGGGAUUAGGGAACCAAUUGUUCAUUUAUGCGUGCAUGUACUCACUCGCGAGGAAGAUGGGACUUCCGAUCUACUUGGAGAUCCCGUCGGCCAGACUGUUCAAGCCACAGUCCGAUCCAUUCUACAAUUUCAACGCACGACCCUUCGUGCUCCACAAGUUUCGCGUCUUUUACGACCAAGCGGUCGAGGGUUGGUACUCGAGCGACUAUCCGCUGAACCGCCACGUGCUGCGAGUUGAUGAUCGUGAUCUCCUCUAUCAAGCCGAGAAACCAUUGCCAUCCGAUAAGUUGAUAAUUAUCAAGGACUAUUGUCAGUCAGAAGUGUUUUUCAAGGACUACAUUCCAGAAAUUAAGGAAAUGUUCCAACUGCAAAUGACCCCGGAAGAAUUGGCUCGUCCACCCUUCCGACACUGGAUCGAUCUCAUCUCUGCCGCUGGAGAGAACAGCGUCGCCAUCCACAUUCGACGCGGCGACUAUGCCAAACUCGAGAACAAUUACGGCGAGAAUUAUUGGCUCACACCGAUUUCUUUUUACCAAAGGGGGAUGAAAAUGAUGUUUGAAAAGUUAAAUGUGUCGAAGGAUGUGUCGUUCUUCGUCUUCUCGGAUCAGAUUAAUGACGUGAGAGCGGAACUGCUCAGAGGAUUCCAACUCCCUGCAAACGCCCAUCUUCACUUCGUCUCCUGCUACAGGUGCACCACGAGCUUGGAAGACUUUUAUUUGAUGACGAUGUGCAAGCAUAUGAUAAGUGCAAACAGCACGUUCAGCUGGUGGGCAGCUUAUCUGAACAAGAAUGCGAAAAAAGUCAUUAUCGCUCCAGCCUUCCACCCACAAACGCUAACCAUCCAUCCCGACGCGGAGAACAGGAAGUUCAAAGAGUAUGAAAUGACGCUGUUCUACCCGGAAGAAUGGAUUGUCCUGGAUGCCUUCAAAAACGAAAUUAUGGGCUGACAUUAAGUAUUAAGAAUUGAUUGUGAUUCAAAUUUGAGAUCAAAUUUUUACUUUUUGAUAUAAGUUUUAAUCUACUUAAAUUUACGAAUUAAAUACGUGACUGACUUUUCAUAGAA